GGCGCCUUGUACGUGCGGAGAGGAGGCCCUUGGACUGAACUCUAUUGCUGAUAGUCGCCAAAUGGUCGCAUUUUCCCCGCUCUUAUCCUCGAGAUGACAAGACUGAUGGCGAUGGUUAUACGAGCUAAAGCUGUUUGUAGAUAAGCAGCCAGCAUUGAAAUGUGCUAUUCAAGCAGAAACCCUCGCGCGGUAUGCUCAGUGAUACAGCCCGAUUUCAUCCCAUCUUCCAAAUAAUAUCAGCGAUCGCGAAUCAUGGCAAGCAAGUCGCCGUUCGAUGUCCCUUUUGACGAGCUUCCCAACCCCAAACAGGUGUGGGUUGGAGAGCCUGGCAGCUAUGAAGAAGGACUUGGGAAGCUAGCCAUCUUGACGCCGGAGGUCGUGGCAAGGGCUGCCGCAAGCGAAAUUAGAACCGGUCGACGAGUGACCAUGAGCUGGGGCUUGACCAAGUUGGAUUUCCCAAAUUUGGGUCGCCAGCCAUGUAAACACACGAUCGUUCCCCUCCUAGGCGGAAUAGCCUUUGAUGACAUCUACACUAUGAAUCCUCAACAAAGUAGUCAGUGGGAUGGCCUUCGCCAUUUUUCGCAGACGGUUCCUGGUCAGACACAACGUGUUUUCUACGGGGGCACGACGGCUGAUGAGAUUAAUGACCGGGAGAACGACCGCAUAGGUCUACAGCACUGGGCACGAGAAGGGAUCGCAGGGCGUGGAGUGUUGAUCGAUUACGCAACGUGGGCAGAGAAAAGGGGAAUGGAGUACAGCACGUUUUCGACGCAUCAGGUCCGACUCUCCGAUAUCCUAGAAAUCGCCGAGGAAUCAGGCAUCAUCUUCCAAAAGGGGGACAUCCUAUUUGUUCGUGUCGGUGUGACCAAGGAGUGGGAUACUGUGAUGACCGACCAGCGCAAGCAGAAGUACUCGGAAGACCCAUGCCCCGAGCAUGCAGGGGUAGAAGCUACCACCGACGUGCUCCGAUGGCUCUGGGAUUCCGGGUUUGCGGCAAUCGCUAGUGACACUAUCAGCUGGGAGGUACGAAGAACGCUAAAGCUCAUCUCACUACGAGCUAAAUAACAUGUGACAGGUCUACCCCCCGCAGUCGGAUAUUUUCCUGCACGAAUAUGUACUUGCUGGAUGGGGAAUGCCAAUCGGUAAGUCAUUCCGCCGAAUCAGCAUGCUGCGCCGUUUAUAUGAAUACCAUUAAUACCCCCAAUAAUAGGUGAGCUAUUUGAUUUAGAAGCACUGGCUCGCCUUUGUCAGGAACUCCAACGAUGGACUUUCUUUGUGACCUCGGUGCCAUUGAACAUGCCUGGUGGAGUCUCGUCGCCGCCAAAUGUCAUGGCAAUUUUCUGAGCAGACUUUAUUCGGUAGCAAUGUAACGGCACCUUAUUGGAAAUUCUAUCCUUUUAUUCUGCUCCGUCUUCGUAUUUCAAAGAAAUAUAGAACAAUGGUGCCGACAAAAGGAAGCCCCGGC